AUGUGGUAUGGCGAAUUGGUGAACGUAUCUGCUGUCAUAGGUGAAAUAAGUCCAGAACACACCACACAGGAGACGCGACCCGAAUACAUUCAUCCAGACGGUCUCCUUAACUUCGAUCCUUACCUAUCCGAUUUCAAACCGGAAGUCGAAGAGGACGACUACAUACCCCUUCCAGAGAAUGACGAGACUAUAGACGGUCUGCCGAUCUUCCUUCUUGAACCAAAGAACGCUUAUGUGUUAAGAAAUAAACCGGCAACCCUGCUGUGUAGAGCGGCGAAUGCUUUACAAGUUUAUUUUAAAUGCAACGAUGUUAGAGUCGACAAGACUGUUCAGUUGGAACACGUGGAUCCACAGAACGGCGUAAGAGUGGUCGAAGCAGAACUGAAUGUGACAAGGAACGAGCUUGAUGAAUAUUUCGGUGGACGAUACAGCUGCGAGUGCUACGCGUGGAAUAGCAGGGGCCGGAUCAGGAGUCAAGCGAAUUACAUCCAAUUUGCUUACAUAAAGAAGCAAUUUGCGCAACAACCACAGUCAGCGACUGUGGAAGCCGGGAGACAGGUCAUCUUCAGGUGUAGCCCACCGCCCGCCGCGCCACCCGCGACCAUCAAGUGGACGAGGAAUGGAGUCACCAUCGAAGCUACAGAUGAGGCUUUGGUACUUCCCAAAGUCGGUUUACAGGAUAUAGCCAACUACAGCUGCAUAGCAGAGAACAUCGCCGGGCGACGCGAGUCCGACGUGGCGGUUUUGUCGGUCUAUGUGAACGGCGGCUGGUCGGAUUGGUCGGCUUGGACCCCUUGUCGGUGCGGGUCACAGACGAAUGGCAAGCGCAGGACUCGAACAUGCACCGAGCCGGCGCCGGCCAACGGCGGCGCGCACUGCAGGGGUCAAGCAGCUCAAGGGGACGAAGAGUGUGCAAGGUGUCAAACCGGUAAGGAAAAUAAUGAUUUUUUAAAUAAAAUUUCACUUGAUUAG